UCUUCAACGGCGCAGUUACAACUUCCGGAUUCCUACUAUCAAUGAUUUUGUCACUUGUGUGAGACUAAAACACUGCACUGGUGUUUGUUUUAUUGUCCUUAAAGAUGUCGUACAACUACGUGGUAACAGCCCAGAAACCUACGGCGGUAAACGCCUGCAUCACAGGCCACUUCACCUCUGCAGAGGACCUGAAUUUGCUCAUAGCUAAAAACACACGUUUGGAGAUCUAUGUCGUCACAGCUGAGGGGCUCCGGCCCGUCAAAGAAGUGGGCAUGUAUGGCAAGAUUGCUGUCAUGGAGCUCUUUAGGCCAAAGGGCGAGAGCAAAGACCUGCUGUUCAUUCUCACAUCCAAGUACAACGCCUGCAUCCUGGAAUACAAACAGAACGGGGAGAGCAUCGACAUUAUCACUCGUGCUCAUGGCAACGUCCAGGAUCGUAUCGGCCGUCCAUCAGAGACAGGCAUUAUCGGAAUUGUAGACCCAGAAUGCCGUAUGAUCGGCCUGCGGCUGUAUGAUGGCCUGUUCAAGGUGAUCCCGUUGGACCGAGACAACCGCGAGCUCAAGGCCUUCAACAUACGACUGGAGGAGCUGCAGGUCAUCGACGUCCACUUCCUUUACAGCUGCCAAGCCCCGACUGUCUGCUUUAUCUACCAGGAUCCCCAGGGACGUCAUGUGAAGACCUAUGAGGUUUCGCUGAGGGAGAAGGAGUUUAACAAGGGACCGUGGAAACAGGAGAACGUGGAGGCUGAGGCGUCUAUGGUCAUCCCAGUUCCAGAGCCAUUUGGUGGAGCUAUAAUCAUAGGACAGGAAUCCAUAACCUACCACAACGGGGACAAGUACUUGGCCAUCGCCCCACCGACCAUUAAGCAAAGCACCAUCGUGUGCCACAACCGCGUGGACCCCAACGGAUCCCGUUAUCUCCUGGGGGACAUGGAAGGCCGGCUGUUCAUGCUGCUGCUGGAGAAGGAGGAGCUAAUGGAUGGCACUGUGGCCCUCAAAGACCUGCACGUGGAGCUGCUCGGAGAGACGUCCAUUGCCGAGUGUCUGACCUACUUGGACAACGGAGUGGUGUUCGUGGGCUCCAGACUGGGCGACUCCCAGUUAGUGAAGCUCAACGUGGACAGUAAUGACCAGGGCUCGUAUGUGGCGGUGAUGGAGACAUUUACCAACCUGGGGCCCAUUGUGGACAUGUGUGUGGUGGACUUGGAGCGACAGGGCCAAGGCCAGCUGGUGACAUGCUCAGGCGCAUUCAAAGAGGGUUCCCUCCGGAUCAUCCGCAACGGCAUUGGGAUUCAUGAGCAUGCUAGCAUUGACCUGCCAGGAAUCAAAGGUUUGUGGCCACUGCGCUCCGAGGCGGGCAGAGAGACAGAUGACAUGCUGGUGCUGUCUUUCGUAGGUCAAACACGCGUGUUGAUGCUGAGUGGUGAGGAAGUGGAAGAAACUGAGCUUCCAGGUUUUGUGGACAACCAGCAGACAUUUUACUGCGGCAAUGUGGCACAUCAGCAGCUCAUUCAAAUCACAUCAGGCUCCGUUCGCCUGGUGCUCCAGGACAGCAAGGCGUUAGUGAGCGAAUGGAAAGAGCCGCAGGGCAGGAACAUCAGCGUUGCCGCCUGUAACCACACCCAGGUGGUGCUCGCCGUGGGACGGGCCCUCUACUACCUCCAGAUCCUGGCAGGAGAGCUUAAACAGAUCAGCACCACUGAGAUGGAGCACGAGGUGGCCUGUCUGGACAUCACGCCCCUGGGAGAGGCCGGUGGGGAGUCGCCACUCUGCGCCGUCGGACUCUGGACAGACAUCUCAGCCCGCGUCCUCAAACUGCCCUGUUUCACAGCCCUGCACAAAGAGAUGCUGGGCGGAGAAAUCAUCCCUCGCUCGAUCCUGAUGACCACCUUUGAAGGCAGCUACUACCUGCUGUGUGCCCUCGGUGAUGGAGCGCUCUUCUACUUUGGUCUGGACCUGCAGACUGGCGCACUGAGCGAACGCAAGAAGGUGACCCUGGGCACCCAGCCCACCGUCCUGAGGACCUUUAGAUCCCUGUCCACGUCCAACGUGUUCGCCUGCUCCGACCGACCCACUGUCAUCUAUUCCUCCAACCACAAGCUGGUCUUCUCCAACGUCAACCUCAAGGAGGUCAAUUACAUGUGCCCACUCAACUCAGAGGGCUACCCCGACAGUCUCGCUCUUGCCAACAACAGCACUCUGACUAUUGGUACCAUCGACGAGAUCCAGAAGCUCCACAUCCGCACUGUUCCCCUCUACGAGUCUCCAAGGCGGAUCUGUUACCAGGAGGUUUCCCAGUGUUUUGGGGUUUUGUCCAGCAGGGUUGAGAUCCAGGACGUGAGCGGCACCACGUCUGCUGUUCGCCCAAGUGCAAGCACUCAGGCUCUCUCCAGCAGCGUAAGCUCCAGCAAGCUCUUCCCCAGCAGCACCUCUCCCCAUGAGACCUCCUUUGGGGAGGAGGUGGAGGUUCACAGCCUGCUAGUGGUGGAUCAGCACACCUUUGAAGUUCUCCAUGCCCAUCAGUUCCUCCCCAGUGAAUACGCUCUCAGUAUGGUGUCGUGCCGCCUGGGAAAAGACCCAUCAGUUUACUUCAUUGUCGGGACCGCCAUGGUGUACCCAGAGGAGGCGGAGCCGAAACAAGGCCGCAUCAUCGUCUUCCACUACACUGACGGUAAACUGCAAACAGUGGCUGAGAAGGAGGUGAAAGGAGCCGUUUAUUCAAUGGUGGAGUUCAAUGGUAAACUGCUGGCCAGCAUCAAUAGCACGGUUCGUUUAUAUGAGUGGACCGCUGAAAAGGAGCUGAGGACGGAGUGCAACCACUACAACAAUAUAAUGGCCCUUUAUCUGAAGACCAAAGGAGACUUCAUCCUGGUGGGAGACCUGAUGAGGUCGGUCCUGCUGCUGGCCUAUAAACCCAUGGAGGGCAACUUUGAAGAGAUUGCUCGUGACUUCAAUCCAAACUGGAUGAGCGCUGUGGAAAUCCUGGACGAUGACAACUUUCUGGGAGCAGAGAAUGCCUUCAAUUUGUUUGUCUGCCAGAAGGACAGUGCGGCGACCACAGAUGAGGAGCGGCAGCACCUCCAGGAGGUGGGGGUCUUCCACCUCGGGGAGUUUGUCAAUGUCUUCUGCCACGGCUCUUUGGUGCUGCAAAACCUGGGGGAGAGUUCUACGCCCACCCAGGGUUCGGUGCUCUUUGGCACCGUUAACGGCAUGAUCGGUCUGGUGACGUCGCUGUCUGAGGGCUGGUACAGCCUCCUCCUGGACCUGCAGAACCGCCUCAACAAGGUUAUUAAGAGUGUGGGCAAGAUUGAGCACAGCUUUUGGAGGUCUUUCCACACGGAACGGAAGACGGAGCAGGCCACGGGAUUCAUCGACGGGGAUCUCAUUGAAAGUUUUCUGGACCUGGGCCGGGCCAAGAUGCAGGAGGUGGUCAGCACUCUACAGAUCGACGACGGCAGCGGUAUGAAGCGCGAGGCCACGGUGGACGAGGUCAUCAAGAUUGUGGAGGAGCUGACGAGGAUCCACUAGCCUCGACCUCCGCCCACACCCAACGGGGGUCUCCAGGAGGAACGAGGAAGGGACGGGCUGCAGAAUUGUAAAUAAUUCUAAAUAAACAGUGUGUGCAUGUUCGUCCUUCAGACUUCAAUGAUUCGUCAGCCGUUAAGACCUGAAGCUGCUACAUCCGUUCUGUAGCUCUGUAUUUAGACAAGAGUCUGUAGGCGAAGUGCGUAGCAUCCUGUUUGGACAAAAAGACCAAAGUAAAGACGUUGGUCUGGGUGUGUGUGUGUGUGUGUGUGUGUGUGUGUGUGUGUGUGUGUGUGUGUGUGUGUGUGUAUACACGCAUGUGUGAUCGCGUCUGUGUGGAAUAACGUGUGACUAUAAAUAAGAAAAAGGCAGACUUUCCUCUCCAAAACAUACUCGGGGAUAUCUGUGACAGUUUAAGCAGGUUCAAAGUUUGAUGAUCCUUUACGGUUGAACACAGUACACAGUUGAAAUCUGACUGAUUUACACUUUUCAACUUUAUCAUUGAAGUCUGGAGUAAAAAUGCUGUGUGAGACAUGAAAUGAGGAAAAUGAUAGAUUUAUAGCUAUUUUGUCUUUGUGAUGUUUUCUUUGUUUAUUCUAAUAAACUUUGCUUUAGUACUGUUAAA